GGGAGGGCGGGCGGAAGGAGGCGACACAAGUUUGUGUGAAGUUGUGAAAAGUUGUCAACUAGAAAAAAGAAGACAAACUCCUCCCGUCUCCAAAUUAUGAGCAAUCAGCAACAGGGUGAAAUGGCCGCGGUGGAGAGCGGCGGAGGCUUCAGUCAAAAGCGAAACUCCCAAGACUCUCAGCAGCCAUCGCCCCUGGCUCUGCUGGCGGCCACUUGCAGUCGCAUCGACACGCCGGGGGAGAGCGACUCGUCUGGCGAGCAUCAGCCAGGCCAGCAACAGCUGGACAUGAGCCAGGGCAUCUUAACCUCCGGUGCCAACGGCUGGCAGGUGGUCCCCAUCAGCGUGCAAGCGUCGUCGUGUGUCAACACCGUCACCGAGGCGGGAAAGAGCAGAAUGGUGCUGUCCCCGUCAUCGUCAUCAGCGUCGUCAUCCACAGCCACUGUGAGCACUCAGGGACAGCAGCAGCAGUAUGUUGUAGCUCAGACGCCAACACUACAGAGUCAACAGGUGCUCACCACCAUCCCCGGCGUGGUGCCCAACAUCCAGUAUCAGGUCAUUCCUCAGUUUCAGACUGUAGAUGGUCAGCCGCUGCAGUUUGCACACGGCCACCAAGAUGCCAGCGCAGCUUCUGGACAGCAGUUUCAGAUCGUGUCUUCUGCCAAUGGGCAGCAGCUCAUAGCCGCCGCAAACAGAGGUGGCGGAGCGGGAAACAUCAUCGCGAUGCCCAGCCUUAUUCAGGGCUCCAUCCCCCUCCAGAACAUCACAUUGGGAAACAGCGUUUUGCAGAACCAGCACCAGUUCCUAGCAAACAUGCCCGUGUCGCUUAAUGGAAACAUCACACUGCUGCCUGUCAGCACCGGCGCUGGAGGAGAUGGGAAUAACGGCGGAGACACGGGAAACCAGCUUGUCCAGCAACUGCCGACGUCUUCCAGCAGUGGUUACCUGACAAAUGUCUCCAGCAAUACCACUCAGACCUCCGCCUCGUACGGUAUGACCCAAACACAUAGUAGUGGAGCUGUGACAUUCCAGCAGAGCGGAGGGUCUUCUUUAGGCGUCCCCAUACAGCCGGACAACCGAGAGGCGCAACAUCCGCAGCAAAUCCUCAUCCAGCCUCAGCAGCUCAUCCAAGGAGGAACGCCCCUCCAAACCAUCCAGGCCGGUGCCAUUACCACAGCGGGUGGCCAGGUGUUUGCCACUCCGACAGUCAGCCAGGAAGGCCUCCAGAACCUCCAGAUCAUGCCAAACACAGGCUCCAUCCUGCUGCGCACGUUAGGGCCCAACGGCCAGGUCAGCUGGCAGACCCUGCAGAUUCAGAGUCCAGCGGGAGCACAGAUCACACUGGCCCAGGUGGGUCAGACUCAGGGAGCCCCUGCAGCCGGCGGACUAUCCGUCAACGCGGUGCAGAUCCCCGGGCUUCAGACCAUAAAUCUCAACACCCUUGGAGGCUCGGGCCUGCAGAUGCACCAACUCCAGAGUGUUCCCAUCACCCUUACCAGCACGGCAGAGUCUGCAGGUGACCAAACGUUGCAGACGGGCGCCGAGAGUUUGGACGACAGCACUGCCCUGGACGAUGAGGACAUCAGCCCGCCGCAGCAGGGACGACGUAAUCGCAGGGAAGCCUGCACCUGCCCUUACUGCAAAGAUGGAGAGGGGCGUAGGAGCGAUCCGACCAAAAAGAAGCAGCACAUUUGUCACAUCACCGGAUGUGGCAAGAUCUACGGAAAGACGUCACACCUGAGGGCCCACCUUCGCUGGCAUACGGGGGAACGACCCUUCGUCUGCAGCUGGUCCUUCUGCGGCAAGCGCUUCACUCGCUCCGAUGAGCUUCAGCGUCACAAGAGGACGCACACAGGCGAGAAAAGGUUUGCGUGCCCGGAGUGUCCCAAGCGCUUCAUGCGGAGCGACCACCUGUCCAAGCACAUCAAGACCCACUUCAACAAGAAGGGAGCGCUGGGCGCCAACAGCGGCGUCAUCUCCACCAACCCCGCCUCGCCGGCCAUGGAGGGCAGCUCGGACGGGCUGUCCGCCGGCGAUCAGCACACCAUCGUCGCCAUGGAAACCCUAUCUGCGGAGAGCAUAGCUCGGUUAGCCAGCAGCGGUAUCAACAUGGUGCCGGUGGACCUGAAUCACAUCAACGGGGGCAGCUACUAGGAGGUGCGUUCAAAAUGCUUCAGGUUGAACACUUUUUCUAUUAGAGCGGAUUUAAACACCUGUGGCAUUUAAAUUUGUUUACAGAAAUCAUCAAAUCUUUUUUGUAUAUUUACUUUGCCACCUGGAAGGUUGAUUUUAUACAUCAUGAACUUUACAUAUUUCAUGGAAUAUUAUGGAUAUCAUAGCCAAACAUUAAAAGUCAAAAACAGCA